AUGUUCAUGAAUCUGUUCAAGGCCAUGCCCGCCCGGGCUCCGGCCUUCGCCACCAUGAAGCCCCAAGCUCGCUUCAUGGCCACCGUCCGUCAGCGUGCCGCGCUCGAGCCUGCGACCUUCACCAUCCGUGACGGUCCCAUGUUCACCGGCAAGUCCUUUGGCGCUCGCUCCAACAUCUCUGGUGAGGCGGUCUUCACCACCUCUCUGGUCGGGUACCCUGAGUCCCUGACCGACCCUUCCUACCGCGGCCAGAUCCUGGUCUUCACUCAGCCUCUAAUCGGCAAUUACGGUGUGCCGUCUGCAGAGAAGGACCCCAACGGUCUUCUCAAGUACUUCGAGUCCCCCAACCUGCAGGCGGCUGGUGUGGUCGUCGCCGAUGUUGCCGAGCAGUACAGCCACUGGACUGCCGUUGAGAGCUUGGGUGAAUGGUGUGCGCGGGAAGGUGUUCCGGCCAUUUCCGGCGUUGACACUCGUGCUAUCGUCACCUACCUCCGUGAGCAGGGUUCGUCCCUGGCCAAGAUCACGGUCGGCGAGGAGUACGAUGCCAACGAGGAUGAGGCCUUCACCGACCCGGAACAGAUUCACCUGGUGCGUCAGGUUAGCACCAAGCAGCCUUUCCACAUCAGCGCUGCCGAUUCCCACUCGCACGUGGCUGUCAUCGACUGCGGUGUCAAAGAGAACAUCCUGCGGAGUCUGGUGAACCGUGGCGCUAGCGUCACUGUUUUCCCCUUCGACUACCCCAUUCACAAGGUUGCCCACCACUUUGACGGUGUUUUCAUCUCCAACGGCCCAGGUGACCCCACCCACUGCCAGGACACCGUCUACCACCUGAAGCGCCUGAUGGAGACCUCCCAGGUCCCUAUCUUCGGUAUCUGUCUGGGCCACCAGCUGCUGGCUCUGGCCGCCGGUGGUCGCACAAUCAAGCUCAAGUACGGUAACCGGGCCCACAACAUCCCGGCUUUGGAUCUGAGCACUGGCCGCUGCCACAUCACCAGCCAGAACCACGGCUACGCCGUCGAUGCCUCGACUCUGCCCUCGGACUGGAAGCCAUACUUCGUGAACCUGAACGACCAAAGCAACGAGGGCAUGAUCCACACGUCCCGCCCCAUCUUCAGCACUCAGUUCCACCCAGAGGCCAAGGGUGGUCCUCUCGACUCGUCCUACCUCUUCGACAUCUACCUUGACAGCGUGUUGAAGUACAAGAACAGCCAGGCCGGUCUAUACCCCCAGCGUGACAGCCGCCCCAGCCCCCUGCUAGUGGAUCUCCUGGCUAAGGAGCGCGUGGGUGUGCAGCCCACCAUCGGCAUGCAGAACGUUGCUGCCGCCGCUGCGGCUGCCGUUGCGGCAUAA